GGACUCCCUUCUUUCCCUCCUACUUUUUUCUCUCUCCCUUCUCUUCUCUCCACCCAGAAGCAAAGUCAGGCACUGGAGGAAAGCAGGGUUGUGUUGGGGGUGGAGGGAGGAAGAGGGAAAGAGAGAGAGAGAAACAAAAGGGGGAGAAAGUGAGAAGAGGAAAGCAAGAAGGGAAGUGAGUAGGAAGAGCUCAGGAGAGAGAAAAGAAAAAGGGGAAGAAAGAUUCUGGGAGAUCUUGCCCUAUGUUCACACUGCACCGCGCAGGGGCAAGAUUAAGGGGGGUACAUUUAAGAACCUGGGAGCCUCUGGCUGUUCCCCCGAGUAGCGAAGGGGCCUGAGCUACUGUAGCCGCAGCUACUGUCCCAGACUGCACGUGGGUGGCUGCUCCAGCAGCGGCAGCAACGGAGGCUGCACAAGCUGGACUGGCAGUGGGACGUGGUCUUGGGUGGGCACCUCUCUCCCUUCGGAAAGAGAAGACACGACAAGGCAGGGCUCAGGCGCCUCGGCUGUCUGUAGGGAGCAAGGCAAGUCAGAGGACUAGGUAGAGUGGGAGUAGGAUAGAGGUGCGUGUGUGUGAGAGAGAGAGGUCGGCUCUUGUCCCCUUUGCUGACCGGACCUCAUGUUUCUGCUCCGGGAUUACGGAACUCUUUGGAAGAAGACAGCGAGGACGGGAUUCCCUCUUUUCAGCUGAUCCGUGCACCCCCAUCCUCCCCGCAUCCUCCAAAUCUAGGACCUAGGCGUCUGAGGGGAUGAGGAGGUACACUGUGCUGAUCCCCGUUCUCCUAACCUGCUGGUGCCUGCUGCCGUUGUCUAUAAAUGGUAUUCAUCCAGAAUGCAGAUUGUACAUGGAAAUCCAUGAAGAGGAAACCAAAUGUAUGGCCUUCCUAAGUACCCAAACAGAACACAAAGCAUGUAGUGGAGUCUGGGACAACAUUACGUGCUGGCAUCCUGCUGACAUUGGAGAGACUGUCACAGUUCCGUGUCCAAAAAUAUUCACGAGUUUAAACAACAAACCAGGAAAUAUCAGCAAAAACUGUACUAGUAAGGGAUGGUCAGAGAUCUUUCCAAAUUUCUUAAGUGCCUGUGGCUAUGGUGACUCUGAAGAUGAUAAUAAGAUGACUUUUUUUAUCCUGGUGAAAGCAAUUUAUACCCUGGGAUACAGUGUCUCUCUCAUUGCUUUGACAACUGGAAGUAUAAUUCUUUGUCUAUUCAGGAAGCUGCACUGUACGAGGAAUUACAUCCAUUUGAACCUUUUCCUCUCGUUCAUCUUGAGAGCUAUCUCUGUCUUAGUCAAGGAUGACAUUCUUUAUUCUAACUCUAGCACUCUCCACUGUCUGGACCAGGCAUCUUCAUUGGUUGGCUGCAAGUUGAUCUUGGUGUUUUUCCAGUACUGUAUCAUGGCAAAUUUUUAUUGGCUCCUGGUAGAAGGGCUUUACCUUCACACACUCCUUAUGGUUAUAUUUUCCUCAAACCGAUAUUUCUUGAUGUAUCUUCUGAUUGGAUGGGGAAUCCCUACAAUCUUUAUUGUUGUGUGGACUUUGGCAAGAAUCUUCUUAGAAGACAAUGGUUGCUGGGAUACAAAUGAACACAAUGUUCCCUGGUGGGUGAUACGAACUCCAAUUUUAAUUUCUAUCUUCGUGAAUUUUAUCCUUUUCAUUAGUAUUAUAAGAAUUUUACUGCAGAAGUUGAGAUCUCCAGAUGUCGGAGGCAAUGAUCAGUCACAGUACAAGAGACUCACCAAGUCAACACUGCUACUCAUCCCUUUAUUUGGAGUUCACUAUAUGAUUUUUGCUGUGUUUCCUAUCGGCGUUUCCAACACAUAUCAGAUACUGUUUGAAUUAUGUAUUGGAUCAUUCCAGGGCCUGGUUGUUGCAAUUCUCUACUGUUUUUUGAACAGUGAAGUGCAAAGCGAACUAAAGAGAAAAUGGCGAAGCUUGUGUUUGAACCAGUCCAUGAACCGGGAUUACAGGCUUCAUAGCUCCUCGAUCUCUCGCAAUGGCUCUGAAAGCAUCUUGCAUUUUCAUCGGAAUUCCCGAGCUCACUCCUUCCUGCAGACUGAAACCACAGUGAUAUGAGCAACAAAGUCCAGCUACCCAAGCCUAUAUCCCCUGUGGCCAUAUGUGGUAUAUUUCUCAGCUAUGCUGGGGUGUUUCUGCUUCCCUUCCCAUCUCUGUGUCUGAAAUGGCCCAUUUUGUGAGCCAUUGGCAGCUCAGCCCUGUAGACUUUGAGCUUUAAGUUUGAUUCACUCAUAUUGUACUCUCGUGUGAUGUGUUCGUCAUGUAUCUGGAUCUGAAAGCUAAUUAUGGCUAAACUGCAGCAUUUUUUAAACCUUUUUUUAAGUGCUUCAGACCUAGAAUGUACAUGUAUUUGGGAUCUUUGAUAAAAUGUCCAUUAUCAAGGGGAAAAGAGAAGGGAGUGAGAUGAUCUCUGAGAUGCACAGGUCAAAGUUGGUUAAGAACAGCAAGAGAGAUCCAAGAGCUAGAUCCUGCCCUGUAAGGAAGCACCGGUCUCGGUAGUCUCCCUCUGACCCCAGUGAGGUCUUCAUCAACUUCCCUAUUCAAGUCUUUAGUUUAAGCAUAGAAACAAGCAACCCUUUAUUUUCUAUGGGAAAUACUGUUUGGAUUCAGACCUACCUCAGUGAAAAAUGUGCCCUACAAGAGGGCAUGUUCUCUGGCAUUCAUGAUGUCUGGCUUUUAAAAGCCAUACCCCCAAAAUGAACCCUAAAGAAGGCAAAAACCAUCAAGUAGCUCAAACUUCCCAGUCAGCCCUCAUUCUCAAUUCACAGUGGGCCUUCAUUUCCCUUUGCCUGCCCUGGUUAUCUGGGAAUCUCUGUAGGCUUUUCUCCUUCCAAACAGUGUCCAGUAAGACUUCUCUCUUUCCUUCCUCUUCAACAAAAUCAACUUAUUCUUUGACUCAUCCCCAACUUUUUUCUCUCAGCCAGAAAAGUAAUUUAAUCAACUAAUUUUCACUAAAGUAUUAAUAACUAAAAAGUACUUAGAGUAUUGCCCAUCUUGUGAGUACUUUUAAAACAAAAAUUUCUAACACUUCCUCUCCAAUUAAAUCUUUAAUGAUGGGAUUUUAGGCCUUGUAACAGGUAGAUAGAUACAAUAUUUAGGUCCAGGGGAAUGAAAGAUAUCACAUAGGCAUCUUCAUAUUUUAUGCAAAAAGUCAACCCCAGUCUAAAUACUUAACCUAAAAGUGAAGAUACAGGCCACAUCCCAGUCACCAGAGUAAAAAUGAGGAAAAUAUCAAAUGAAUAAAGAAAGAAACUAAGAAAGUGUUGAUGGAGGGAGGGGAUAGGACACUUUUUGAACUCCUUUGUCAAAUUUCAAAUUUUCUUUUCAGUGGAGAAUGAUUAGAACAGUUCACAAAGGGGGAAAUUAUCUACAAUUCAUUUUAGAAAUACUGUGCCUUCAAUCAGCAGUCUGAACUUGUAUACAAAGUAAUUAAGGGUUUCUGACAUGAAAGAAAUAGAAGGAGCAGCCCCAGUGAGAAGGGUAGACACUACAAAGGGUAUCUUUAUUUAUGUUAUAUGGAUGGCAUAUUUAUACAUCAUACACAAUGAAAUAAGACAAGUCUUGGACAAGGUUUUGUGGUAGCCUUAGAGUUCUUGGUUUAUUUUAGAAGAAAAAAAAUUGCUUUUUACAGAAGUGAGAACAGGGUUUCCAACCUGUCAAGACUUCUAGGGAGGCCCAUGGAUGAUUUCAAGGGGUCUGAGAGCUUGGAUAGGGGAAAACAUAUCUGUUUAUUUUCAUUAACCUCUAACUAAAAUUUAGCAUUUCCUUCAAUUCUUAAAAAAAAAACCCACAUUAUUCUGAGAAGGGAUCAUAAGCUUUAGCAGAUUGUCCAAGGGGUCCAUAAUACACAAAAUUUAAAAAAAAUCUCUUUGGUUAAAAGUUUACAAUGGAAGAAAGAGUAACAGAAUGAUGAGCAAGUUGCUUUUAAAAGUUGGAGGAUGCAUGACGGGUGAACAAACCAAUUCCUGUCUUUCCUUCCAACGGUUUUCUAUGUCUCACCACCAUCACCAUCACCAUGCACUCAGAUUUGCUAGGUACUCUGAGUUCUGACAGUCCUCCAAGUCCUUCAGAAAGCACACAUUCCAAAGUUCAUAGCCACGUGUAAACAAAAUCUUUAAAUCAUAGUUUGAAAACCAUGAAAUUGUAUUAAGAAUCUCUCAUACUGUGUUGUAGAGUUACAUGGUAAUGCUACAUGGCAACGAUUUUAAGGGACAGAAUAAGCUAUAUUUUUAUUUACAACAUAGAGUGGGUCUUUGGUCAUAUCAAAAUGAAAUGACAGGCAGAGAUCUGAGGAGAGCAGUGGGGGAGUAGUAGGCUGAAACUAAUAAGAACAAUGGAAUAGACUUGGAUGAAGCCAUAAUAUAGGGGUGGUUAAGGUUCCAUUUUAUUCUUUAUGCAGUGGCUUCUUGCAUUUUCUGAGAGGUGCUUCCAUUACCAGUUCUGGGCAGUUAGAGACAAUAGAGAUCUCAGGUCUUCCUUACAAGUCACUUUUAAUUCAUGAAAUCCACAUUUCUGAUUAACUAGGGUUAAAUAAAAAUGGAAUUUUAUUAUGAUAGAGUAAUAUUGUCUUCAAUAUAGAAUUCAGAGCCAUUGAGAUGGAAUGGCAAACCCUUGAUUCAUAUGGAAUUCUUUUAUUUAAUAGCAUUAGAUGAAAUCAGCUCAGGAAAACAAAGCUUUUCUGAGACAACCAUUAGCCCAGGGGACUAGCCUCAUGAUACAGAACUGGAUGUUAUAAGGGUGUAUUCCUUUGUUAUCAUCAGAUUCUGUUUUUUGCUUUACCUUAAUGGACUGGAAAAUAGUUUGGCCAAAAGUUCUUUUGGGGGAGGAGGAAGAAAACAAGAUGGAAGAAAGAUGAGACUGGGCUAUCUAAAAAGAAUGUCUUCAGUAUGGCAGGUACAGAGGCAAGCAUUAACUAACCCACUAAAAUUCUUUCCAAAAUUUAGGUCCUCUGUAAGAGAAAAAGGUAUGAUUCCUCCUUGCCCCAGAGGAGCAGGUAAAUAAGAUAAAAAACUAGAAAGAACAUUAGAGGGUCAUCCCUUGCAAAAAUGAAAGUCAAUCAAGGGAUUGAUUUUACAGAUAAGGAAGCUGAGACCCAGCUAUGUUAAAUUACUUGUCCAAGGGCAUAUAAGAAUUAAGGAUCAAAAGGAAGAUUUGUAUCCAAGCCAACCGAUUACAGAAUGAAUGCUCUUAGGAGGCUAAAAAGAACUUGUUUUAUCAUCAUAGGAUAUAGAUAUAUGGCCCUAAGCAAGUCAUUUCUCUUUUAUGGGUCUCAAUUUCCUCAUUUAUAGAAUAGGGGUAGAAAGCUCAGAUUUAUCUUUUCCAGUUCAGACUACUAAGAUCUUUGAAAAAAUCUGAAAGACUUCCUUUCAGUUGAUUAAAGGUCUUGCCCCUCUUCAGAAAUAUAUAUGGGAACUUAAAUAGGGAAAGAACCAUCCUGGAAAAUUCUAUUCAGUUAGAUAAUUGCCAAAGCAAAUAGGAAGCCUUUUCUGCUUUUGUCUUAUUCAGUAAAAGGUUAUAAAAUGAGUUCAAUAUUUAUUAAAAGAAUAGUUUAUUUAGAAAAGCAGUAAGUACUCAAAUACUCAAUUUGAAAAAAUCUGGAAUUUGGAGAAUACAACAGAGUCCAUCAUGUCAUAAUAUUUCCCAUUCGAUGAACUGUCAAUAUUUUUGAUUUAACAAUUUCACAUGUGUAAGUUAACUGAGAAUGCCACCCUAAGUAUACGUAGAAGGCUUCUUCCAAAGUGGGACAUAUAUGAUGUAUACUAAAUGUAGUUUUGCUAUUUAGUCAUUUCAGUCACGUCCAACUCUUUGGACUCUAUUUGGGGUUUUCUGAACAGAGAUACUGGACUGAUUUGCCAUUCCCUUUUUCCAGCUCAUUUUACAAAUGAGAAAACUGAGAUAAAAAGGAUUAAGUGACUUGCUCAGGGUCACACAGCUUUGAGGUCAGAUUAGAACUCAGGAAGAUUAGUCUUCCUGACUGCAGUCCUGGCACUCUAUUCAUUGCACCACCUAGCUGCCUUUCUAAAUGAAGCUAUUGACAGGUAAAAGUGUAGAAAAGCCCAAGACAUCAUCAGAGAUGAUAAGAUGAUCUACUGCUAAUUGUCUAUUGAGAAGCACUAAUGAGGUUAAAGGAAAGGCUUCUAAGUAACCUGGGGUCACCCUACAAAGGCAAAAAACAAAUUCUGACAACUCCAGGGAUCUUCAGAUUGUUUUGUUGUAAGAUAAAAAUGGAAUCCAUUGCUAGAAUCACAUUUCCAGCCAGUGAAAGUGGAAAUAAUGCAAGGGUUCCAGGAUUUCUAUAAUGAAUGAAUAAGCACAACAGUUAUUUGUAUACAUGUCUUAUUAAUCCUACUAGGUUGCAGUUCUAUGAGGUCAGAAAUUAACUUUUUUAUUCCCCCCCCAGCAACUUUUACAAAGUAGGUAUUCAAUAAAUAUGCACUGAAUAAACGAAAAACAGUGCUCUAAAUCCAGUAAUGAGAAUCAGAUAGGAAACAUAUACAUAUAGAGACUUUCUUUCUCUAUUCUCCACUUUCCCCUACCCCAAACAGAAACCCACACCCAUUCCAUAUAAUAUUUAUCCUUUCCUUUUUCUAACUUGUUGAUCUUUUUGUGGGUGGGUAGCUUGGAAAUUUAAGUAGCUUCUGAUAAAUGGAUAAGAUGUAUAAAGUCAGAGAAACUGAAAAGUGAUUAAUAUUUAUAGCAGGACCAAAGAUAUGUAAAAAAAGAAUUCAACUGUAGUUUGGCUCAUUUGUAUUUACCCUGCCUACAAUGUGAACAAGUCAGUUGCAUGGCCAGGGAAAAAAGAAAAAAAAAAAACUUGUAUAACAUUAUGUGUUGUAUAAAAUCUAUUGUAACUAAAUCAAUAAAGCAUUGUUUAUGUGGGUCAUCCCAAGUUAUGGAAA